AUGGAGGGUGUGGCUGCCUUCUCUUUGGCAUGUAAUGUUAUACAAAUUGCCGAACUCUCUCGAAAGAUCAUCGCAACCGCAAAGGAGAUCCAAACUUCUCGCAGCGGCUUACCGAAAGACCACGAAGAUCUACGUACAGCCGUGGAGAUCCUACGUCGAGAUGUUGCGGACCUGCAGCAAAAUCACAACGGCGAUAUUAUCCAGAGUCUCGCUGUUCAAAGCGAGGUCGCUAUAAACGAGCACAUAGCUCUCUUGGAUUCGCUUCGACUGAAGGGUCCCCGUACCUUCCUUCAUGCCUCGGCUGCAGCAUUCAAAGCACGGCGCAAGCAGCGCCAGCUGUACGAGUCUCAGGCGAAGGUUGACCGACUAUCAGAAGAGCUCAAGGCGCACAUUAUCAUGACCCACAUCCCGAACAUAGAUCGCAAUGUGGACCACCUUGGCGAUAAGAUAGCGUCACACAAUUUCUCCAUCGACCAUGACAUGAAGAUCAUCGAGCAGCACCUGAGUAGGGUUCGCAAAGUAACUGAAAACAACUCGAACACCGCGAACACUACAGCAGAGCUCGUGGUAGAGUUACAGCGAUGGCUCAAAGAUCAACAAGAUUCCCAGGCGAAUAGGCAAUGUCUACACGCACUCUAUUCCUCAGAACUCAGGAGUAGAGCCGAUCAAGUAAAGCGAGCGCAUAAAGACACGUUUAGUUGGAUCUUCGAUGGGGCUGGAGACCUGUUUGGAUCUGUUCACAAAAACAAGUUCAAGAACUGGUUACGGCUGGACGAUGCUAACAGAAACGUGUUCUGGGUGUACGGAAAACCUGGUGCGGGGAAAAGUACUUUGAUUAAGAUCAUGACCGAAGCCGGUAUGGCAUUCGAAAUGCCUGAGCUUUGUGCCCAAGCAUCGAUCGCCGCUCUCAAGGCAGAGGCAUCUAUCGCAUGGACGCUUGGUUCGAUUCAAGAUAUCGGCAUUCACUUCGGGAAGCAAGGUCCAAUGGAUGUGAAACACAAGCUCUGCACUUUACUGCAAUAUUUAGUGCCAAUUGUGGAACAGACAGAGGAAGAGCAGAUGAAAGCACACUGGUCCAAACUUGACGAUUUCCUUAAUUUGCCACUCACACAGGAGAUGAAUCUCAAGGCUAUCAUCAUGGGAUUUGUCUCUAAAGAGUUUAAUCCCGACAUUUUCGCCGUGGCCAUCGCCUAUUCCGCAUCCAAUAUGGACCCGAUAUACAUGUUACUUGGGAUUGGCUUUGCUAUGCUUCGGACGGGCGCACUAAGAAGGAUAAUCGAGUCAUUCCUUCAUUCACAUGUACUGGAACAGGCUAUCAACAGGAAGCACCAGAUGGUGUAA